GGCGCCGUGUGAGAGAAGCGGCGGCGGCCGUCUGACAGAGGCGUCGCGCGGCGGCCGUAAAGCGGCGCGGCCGGCCCGGGCGCGGGGCGGGAUGUCGGGCCCGGGCGGGGAGCUGCACCCGCGCACGGGGAAGCUGGUGACGCUCUCGCAGGGGGGCCGCAGCGCCGCGCGCUCCCAGCCGGGCCAGGAGUUCAACCACGGGCUGGUGCUGAGCCGCGAGCCGCUGCGGCCCGGCCGCGUCUUCGCCGUGCGCAUCGACCGCAAGGUGAACUCGUGGAGUGGCUCCAUCGAGAUCGGGGUGACGGCGCUGGACCCCGACCACCUGGACUUCCCCAGCAGCGCCACGGGGCUGAAGGGCGGCUCGUGGAUCAUCUCGGGCUGCUCGGUGCUGCGGGACGGGCGCUCCAUCCUGGAGGAGUACGGCCAGGACCUCGACCAGCUGGGCGAGGGCGACCGCGUGGGCAUCCAGCGCACGGCCGCCGGCGAGCUGCGCCUCUGGGUCAACGGGCAGGACUGCGGCGUGGCCGCCACCGGCAUCCCACCCCGCGUCUGGGCCGUGGUGGAUCUCUACGGCAAGUGCACCCAGGUCACUGUCGUGCCCGGCGAGCCGGAGGAGGCCGAGGACGGCGCGGCGGGAGAUGAAGCCCUGGCCCUGCCCCGCAACCAGAGCCGCCCGGAUAAAUUCCCCAACAGCCUGGAGGCUGAGACCGGCUUGUCCAGCAUGGAGCUGUCGGAGGUGGUGAGCAACGCCAUCCUGUCGGCCUACAACGACAGCCUGCUGAGCAUCAGCCUGGGCAGCCCCCCGCCGGGCGGGGGGGCCCCCCUCCCCUCCAACGACGCCCUGCUCUUCCACGAGAAGUGCGGGACCCUCAUCAAACUCAGCAACAACAACAAGACGGCCGAGCGGCGCCGCCCCCUGGACGAGUUCAACAACGGCGUGGUCAUGACCAACCGGCCGCUGCGGGACAACGAGAUGUUCGAGAUCCGCAUCGACAAGCUGGUGGACAAGUGGUCGGGCUCCAUCGAAAUCGGGGUGACGACCCACAACCCCAACAGCCUGGAGUACCCCGCCACCAUGACCAACCUGCGCUCCGGCACGAUCAUGAUGAGCGGCUGCGGAAUCCUGACCAACGGCAAAGGGACGCGGCGGGAAUACUGCGAAUUCAGCCUGGAUGAGCUGCAGGAGGGGGAUCACAUUGGCCUGACGCGGAAAUCCAACAAUGCCCUGCACUUCUACAUCAAUGGCAUUGACCAAGGCGUGGCUACCACCCUGACCCCGCUGGUUGUAUACGGCGUGGUGGAUCUCUACGGCAUGGCGGUGAAGGUCACCAUUGUCCACAACCACAACCACAGCGACCGGCUGCGGCGGAACAACGCCAUCAUGCGGGCGCUCUCCCCGGACGUGGGGCGCCGCGCCCUGGAGGCCGGCGGGAUGGGCGAACCAGAGCCGGAGCGCCUGCUCUUCCACGCCAACUGCGGCCAGAAGGCGGCCAUCAUCAACGAUGGGCGGACGGCCCUCCGCCCGCAUGCCACGGACGACUUCAACCACGGCGUCGUCCUUAGCAACCGGGCCCUGCGGAACAACGAGGUCUUCCAGGUGCGGAUCGACAAGAUGGUGGACAAGUGGGCGGGCUCCAUCGAGAUCGGGGUGACCACGCACAACCCCACCUACCUGCAGCUACCCUCCACCAUGACCAACCUGCGCUCAGGCACCUGGAUGAUGACGGGCAACGGGGUUAUGCACAACGGCACCACCAUCCUGGAUGAAUACGGGCACAACCUGGACCGACUCAAG